AUGGCUGAUGAUGACCGUCUUCUGGAUACGGUCAAGGUGAACACAUUGCUGUUCCUCCUUGAUGGCAAGUCUGCCCACGUGGCAGAGGACAUGAGUCUCGAAGAAGGCAAGAGGCUCUACAAGAGGCUGAUUCCGAUCGCCAUGGGCAAAAAGCUCCCGAACCGCAGUGACCCUUACGCAUGGAUUACCUACGACGUUUGGACGAGUAUACGUGCUUGUGACAAAGAGCUCGCGGAUCAGGUGCUUCGGGAAGCCUUGGUUUGCAUCACUGCCCAGGUUGACUCGCUGCGCGUGCCCAACAAAACAUUGAAAUCACUGGAAAGGAUCCACGAAAGCUACGGCAAACUCGGCAUCAUUGUCAAUGAUAUCCACAGUUAUGAGAAAGAACUCCGUUUGUGGAACAGGGACCACAAGGAAGGUGCGAAAUUGCUGAACAUCGUGAAUACAAUGUCUAUAGAUGCUGGGGUAUCAUAUGCCACGGCCAAACGCAUUUUGUGGGUUCUCUGUCGGGAGUGGGACAUUGGUCAUCAAGACAUGAUGGCAAAAGCGCUGGAAGGUAGAGGAGGGGCUGAUCCGGCUCUCAAGCUGUAUCUCAAGGGUCUAGAGUAUAUGCUGGGUGGGAAUGAAUAUUGGAGCGAGAAUACCGAGCGCUAUCAUUGGCGUGACUGA